AUGUCGGAAUUACCAUCUUCUCCGCCUUCGGAUCUAGUCGACGCGAUCGCAUACUACAAAUUACAAUAUGAGCAAUUGGAGGCGGAAUUGACCGAGUUUCAGGCGAGUUCGCAAGAGCUGGAAGCGGAAUUAGAGAAGGAUAUAGAGGCUGCGGAAAGGAGGGAAAGGACAUUGCGGGAGAAGGUAGAGAGUUUGGAAUUUGAAGUGGAAGAAUGGAAGACAAAAUAUAAGCAAUCCAAGAAUGAAGCAAAUGCCGCACAAAGUACAUUACAGAAGGAGAUCACUUCUUUACGGGAGGCGAACCGGGCGAUGCAUCUACAAUUGCGAGACAUUGAAGUUCAACAUGAUGACAUCGAGAGGCAGGCGCGAAAUACCUUUUCAUCCUUGGAGGACAUGGAAUCAAAAUUUAACAUGUCUAUUGAACGAGGGGUACUGAUGGAAGAAGAAAUCAAGAUUGGUGAAAAGGAAAGAGAACAACUUCGGAUCGAAACACAAAGAUUGCGCGAUGAGUUGUCGGAUUUGAAGGUAGAAGCAGACAUUAUGCAAGACAAGCUACGAAAACGACAAUAUCCAUCCAUCACGACAGAUUAUAUCACACCAAGUACUCCCUCAUAUGAGCCUUUUGGGACAUCGCCUAGAUCCACAGCUUCCUCUCCACUCAUCAAUACUCCACCAGACACAAAAUCUAUCUCCACGACAGAUACUAUUUCCGAAACUCCUACCCCUCCAUCCCCACCAAUGUCAGAAGCUUCCGCAACAGCACGAACCGGUAUGAACACACCGAUGAAUCUACCUCAAAGCAAACUCAAAAUGCCCACUGGAAAUUCAAGCUCAACAUCCAAGCAGGGCCUGUCUCGUUAUGUAUCUGGGACAGUACGUAAUUCCCGAGGAGCAACACCGAAUGGCAAUUCGAAAAUGAGGAGCGCGACGCCAGCAGUGAUUCGUCAAACAAAGCAAAAGGCACCACCUACACGCGGUUUACCAAAUUCAACAUCCCUUACACAUAUUCGAAGUCUUACGGCGCAAAUGCAAAGAUUAGAGCAAAGAGUUCAGUCUGCCAGGUCCAAAUUACCGGCACCUGUCAAUAGUCCCUCUCAGACAACAUCAGCUAUGGGUAGUAAUUAUAUGCCCCCCGGUGUUGCAGUACGGAAUAGGAACAGGACUGCAGGCAGUACCGCUAGCGCAAGCACCACAUCAUCCAUGACUGGAGAAGAAACCUCAACAAAACACCUUCCCCGAGUAUCCGUAUCUGGAAUCGGCAGACUCACAUUUGGACCGGUUGCAAAUAGAGAUGGGCACGAUAGUAGUCGACACAGUAGUAGGCCGCCCAGUCGACCAGGGAGUCGCGCCAGUGGCUCAAUUUAUGAUCGGCCACCAAGUCGAUCAACGGCUAGUCGCCCGGGCGCCAAGACCCCAACAUCUCAUUCUUCACAGUCACAAGUGGCGGAGCCGAUCAGGGCGAAAAGCAGUCUAGGGGGGAACUAUGCGGAUAAGCAUGGGGACGGACGACCUCAUACACACUCACAAAGUGUGUCACAUAUUGGGUAUGGCGUCGACGAGAACAGAGGAUCUGACUAUACGACUCCCUUGGGCCGAAGAGGAACUGUCAAUGGUUCCGAGGGUUUGAGCAUUACACCGUUAUCUGGACUUCCUCGUAGAAAAAGUGGCGGACAGUCUUUAUCGAUGUCGGGUCUACCUAUGCCUAGGAGAACGAGCACGAGUCAUGGAUUUCGAGAAGAGGACGAAAGGAUCAUUAAUCCCAGACAACCGGCGGGACUCAGUAAAGCUCCCACGCCACCAAGUGGAAGGCCGAGGAGAUUGAGUGGUGUAGGGGAAUGUUAUUAA